CUAUCUCAUCAGCAGGUAAUCUGAUUCGUCUCUGUAAUCUGAGAGGUCUAAUAGGGCGAAAUCAAGGCCCAAUGGAUGCUAUUUAACCACAAGUCCAUCCCCAUAUCAUAAGCUUAUUGACCUUCAAUAGACGCUUCAAUCGAUUGACACAGCCCAACUUCAGUAUGGCAACACUUGAAUCAGCAAUCCCACUGCACUUGCAGAAGCCACGAAAAUGCCCUAUGAGCAUGCCGCCCAGCUACAAACCCCCGUUCCCAAGCUACUGUGCACGCUUUCCAACUUCCAUGUCAAACCUUGUCAUGGCCAUUAUCGGCGCACAAUACUCUUCUAAGACCAAAUUCGAUGAUACUGGCAUUGCGAAGAUCAGGUCUUUCGUGACCAUGUCUGCAUGCGCCACUCUUCCCUCUUUUUGGGAAUCAACAUCUGUGACAGACAAACGCGGAUCCUACAACAUCGCCAUCAUCGCUUACUGGCCCACUUCUUCUACAUUUCAAUCGUGGAAAUCAGAUUCCGGCUUCGACACCUGGUGGCAGAGCAAUGAACGCGAGAAAGACGGUCACGGCUGGUUCCAAGAAGUCUUGUUUCCAAGUGUCGACCGCUUCGAAACCGUGUUCUCCAACAAUGAGAUCCCUGAGGGCGCAGCAAACAUGCGUGAGAAGAUCAGCGGUGAGAUUGGCGAGCAUGGAUAUUGGGGAAGUAUGCGGGAUCGGCUCCCCGCAGCGCAAGAUGAUCGAUUGGAGGGCGAGCAAUGGACUGGACCUACGACCAAUGACACAGCCAAUUCUACACAAUCCCAUGAGAACAGCAGAAGAGUAAGAGUGCCGGGCAAAAAGAAUCUUUGCGUAAUCCGCUCAGGGCAAGAUUGGUCUGCCACGCUUCCUGCGGAGCGUAAGUUAUACCUCGAGACGAUGCAUCCUGUGCUUGUCAAAGGAAUGACGUUUUUGAGAGACGAAGGGAAGGAGAUCGGGUGUUACGCGAACAAUCUCUGGGACGUGAUCGAUUCGUCUACUUAUGAAGCGAACCUCGAAAAGACGUACGGACUGGGGUUUUUCGAUGACUUGAGCUCACUGGAGCAAUGGAGCAAGAGUCAUCAGACACACAUCGACAUCUUUGGAGGAUUUCUGAUGUACGCAAAGAAGUUGAACAAUGUGUUGAGUCUGCGAUUGUUUCAUGAGAUCUACGUGUUGGAAGAGAAGGACCAAAGUUUCGAGUAUGUUGGGUGCCACAAGGACACAGGGAUGUUGAAUGCAAAUUGAAGGCAGGUAAAAGAUUAAGGACAAAAUAUUGAGAACGGUAUAAGAUCAAACGAAAAAGAGAUAACAAACAUUUGCUGAAGACUAGAGUGGUUGAAGGAACCAAUGUUUAAUGAAAAUCAGGGGGCCGAUUCAUGGUUAAAUACAUACCAUAGGAAAGGGAGGUGCAAAACAUCUUAUUGUAUACUGCAGUGGUGCUGGUGUUCCUAACAACGACGGAAUGGAGGAUCCGCAGAUGUGGGGCUAGCGUGGUUGCCUUAUCGCCUUAUCGUUAUCCGCAGGAUAGCUUCAAUGGCGACGCGCGACGGGA